CAACUCUUUAGGGGGCAGAUGGCAAAUAUGUCCAGCACGCGGGAUGCUGCGCUCCAUCCCGGAGGAGCCGGCUGCGCGCUUUUACGCACGGCGGCACCGAGCUCAUCCAGGAAGACCCCGAGGCUCCCUGCGCUGUGUCUGCUCCUCUCAGUGAUGCUGCUCGCCCGGGUCCGGCCAGCAGCCGCUCAUCCCCAGUGCCUGGACUUCGAGCCCCCGUUCCAGCCCCCCUGGCACCUGGAGUUCUGCAAGCAGUACGAGGAGUUCGGAUGCUGCGACCAGCAGACGGACAACGCGAUCGCGGAGAGAUACUGGGACACAGUGGAGCAGCUGGAGGUGGAGGGUCAGGAGCUCUGCGCAGACAUGCUGAAGGAAGUCAUGUGUCAGGAGUGCUCUCCUUACGCCGCCCACCUCUAUGAUGCCGAGGACCCGUACACACCCGUCAGAGAGCUGCCCGGCCUUUGCUUUGACUUCUGCACAGAGUUUCACAGCAAAUGUGGCCACGUGGUGAAAUAUCUCACUGAGAACAAGCGGCUGCAGGACACCGCUGAGCGGGACACGUCCACGUUCUGCACCCUGAUGGACCUGUCGGACCAGGACUACUGCUAUCCCAAUGUUUUGAAGACCCAGGACCUCAACGGCAACCUGGGGCAGGUGGUGGAAGACCGCAAAGGGUGUCUCCAGCUGUGCCUGACCGAGGUGGCCAAUGGUCUGAGGAACCCCGUCCUGAUGCUGCACAGCGGCGAUGAGACCCACCGGAUGUUCAUCGCCGAGCAGCUGGGCUUCGUGUGGGUCUACCUGCCCGACGGCAGCCGGGUGGAGCAGCCUUUCCUCGACAUGAGCGGGGAGGUGGUGACCACCCCCUGGCUGGGGGACGAGAGGGGCUUCCUGGGCAUGGCGUUCCACCCCGAGUACCGGGUCAACGGGCGCUUCUUCAUCUACUACUCCAUCGAGGUCAACAGCAAGGUGGAGAAGGUCCGGAUCAGUGAGAUGAAGGUGUCCGAUCACGACAUGAACAUGGCCGAUCCUUAUUCAGAGAGGGUGAUUCUAGAGAUCGAGGAACCAGCGGCGAACCACAACGGAGGCCAGCUGCUGUUCGGCUUGGAUGGAUUUCUGUACAUCUUCACCGGCGAUGGUGGAAAAGCCGGGGAUCCGUUUGGGAAAUACGGAAACGCUCAAAACAAGAGUGCUCUGCUGGGUAAAGCACUGAGAAUCGAUGUGGACGUCAGCAGCUCCAGUUCGAGGCCGUACAGGAUCCCAGCCGACAACCCCUUCAUCCAUGACCCCGGCGCCCGGCCUGAGGUGUAUGCAUACGGGGUCAGGAACAUGUGGCGGUGCUCUGUGGACCGUGGAGACCCGGUGAGCCGCUACGGCAGGAGCAGGAUCUUCUGCGGAGACGUCGGUCAGAACCGCUACGAGGAGAUCGACAUCAUCGUGAGAGGAGGGAACUACGGCUGGAGGGCGAAGGAGGGAUUCGAGUGCUUCGAUCUGAAACUCUGCCACAACUCCUCGUUGAAGGACGUCCUGCCGAUAUUUGCCUACAGCCACCAUGUUGGGAAGUCUGUGACGGGGGGGUAUGUGUACAGAGGAUGUGAAUCACCCAAUCUGAACGGCCUCUACCUCUUUGGAGACUUCAUGAAUGGGAGGAUAAUGGCGUUAGAGGAGGAUAAGACGACGGGAGUCUGGAAAGAAAGGAGUGUGUGUAUGGGUGAUAAGAAGACAUGCUCCUUUCCCGGACUCAUCAACCAUCACCACAAGUUCAUCAUCUCGUUCGCUGAAGACGAAGCAGGGGAACUUUAUUUUCUGGCCACGUCGCACCCCAGCACCACGUCCCCCUCUGGAACCGUUUUCAAGUUCAUGGAUCCCUCCAGGAGAGCUCCUCCAGUGAAGUGCAAGCGGAAGCCGCUGCCGGUCAAAGUGAAGGGGAAGAGGCAUCCCUUCGGUCCCAGGGAAUUGACGGUGCUGGAAACCAACGAGAAACCUACGAGGCCACCGCCUAAGAAGAAGAAGCUCAUCACCAGACCUCCACCGCCGAGCCGCCGAGUCAAAUCUACCACGGCUCCAACGGAGGUGACGACCUCUGCGGCGGAGGUGACGACCUCUGCAACUGAGGCGACGACCUCUGCAACUGAGGCGACGACCUCUGCAACGGAGGUGACGACCUCUGCAGCGGAGGUGACGACCUCUGCAACUGAGGCGACGACCUCUGCAACUGAGGUGACGACCUCUGCAGCGGAGGUGACGACCUCUGCAACUGAGGCGACGACCUCUGCAACUGAGGCGACGACCUCUGCAACUGAGGUGACGACCUCUGCAGCGGAGGUGACGACCUCUGCAGCGGAGGUGACGACCUCUGCAACUGAGGUGACGACCUCUGCAACUGAGGUGACGACCUCUGCAGCGGGGGGGACGACCUCUGCAGCGGGGGGGACGACCUCUGCAGCCAGCGUUUCGAGGUCAGCAGCGGAGGUGACGAUGGCGAGCACUGUGGAGCUAAAGAGGAAAUCACCUGAAAAUAAAGCAAAGGAAAAAAAAACGUUGAAACAAUGGAGGAAAAGCAAAAUCACGAACAACCGGGAAGCCACAGCUCAAAAGAAGAAGAACGCUCAGCCGCAGAAAUCCAGGGAAGAGUCAAAGAAGACCACGGAGGUAAAACCCGUCGUUAAGAAAGAUAAAGUAAAACCAAAGGCCAAGCCAACCAACAGCCUGAAGGCCUCCAAGAGGCUGAACGUUAACACCAUGCACACGAUGAAGAAGAAGAAGAAGGAGAUGAUCGCCCAGAGGAAAGCAGCACUGAGACAAAUCAAGCUCGGGAAGAAAAUCAUAAAGAUCAGAGACUCUGCAACAGAACUUCACACUUUCAGGAACAAAACAAACUUUAAUGUCAAAGUCAACAGAACAAUGAGAAACCCACUUCAGGUUAAAAGCAAGAAAGAUACCAAAGCACUUUGA